CAUCCCUGUAACUGUGCUUGUUCAACGUGUGGUUUGACUUUUUCUUGGCCCACCAGGACAAGGAUGAAAAUGAAAAAGAGAAGAAACUUACAAAUUAUUUUCUCUACUGGUAAAACUACACACACACACUCAGUAUAGAGCUGCCUGAUGUGUCAGAACCUGAUAUGCCGGAUCCAGUCAUGAAACUAUCACGACAGAUGUCUGAUGAAGGGCUCUUUGUUCCCCAGAGUAGCAUUACUAUUCAAAACGUCAUUGGUGAAGGACAGUUUGGAAUUGUAUACAAGGCAUUAUUACAUAACUGGAAAGGAUACAUUCGUGAUGUGGUUGCUGCAAAGACACUAAAGGGACUAUUCAGUUUGAAUGAUGUCCAGCAUCUAGCAGAGGAGAGUAAGAAGAUGGCUAGAUUUGAUCAUCCUAAUGUCAUGAAGUUGAUCGGUGUGUCCCUCAGCAUGGACACAAUCCCUUUCCUGCUCAUGCCAUUUAUGGCCAAUGGUUGUUUGCUAUCAUACCUGCGAAAGAACAGACCAGAGUUGACAGUAAAGAAUGACAUGACAGAAUUGAUACCGGAGAAUGGGUCAAGGCUACUGUCAAUGUGCCUACAAAUUGCAAAAGGCAUGGAGUACUUGGCCUUCAAAAAGUUUGUCCAUCGAGACCUCGCUGCCAGGAACUGCAUGAUUGAUCUGAACAACGUCAUAAAAGUUGCUGACUUUGGUCUCUCAGAGGACAUCUAUGCCAGAAACUAUUUUAGACAAACAGAAGAGAAUGAAGAAGGCCCUGUGAAAUUACCAGUCAAGUGGAUGGCUCUUGAGAGCUUGAACGAUGGAGUCUUCUCUGAGAAAUCUGAUGUGUGGUCUUUUGGAGUGACGUGUUGGGAGGUGUUCUCACUGGGAAAGAACCCCUACUCUGGAGUGGACUCCUUCUCUCUCGUGCGAUAUCUUGAGAGAGGAGAGAGACUGGACAGACCUCUCAAUGCCGCCUGCUCCCAGGAAAUAUUUGAUAUGAUGAGUAAGUGCUGGGAGGAACACCCAGAGGAGAGACUAACUUUCUCUCAACUGGUGACUGUCAUCUCCACCAGUCUCGAAGGGAUGGCUGGAUACUUGGAACUCAGUAAAACCUUUUCCUAGCCUCCUGCAAUACUGCAAGGAAUGACUGUUGUUCAUUCAUUUAGCGGUUGAAAUGAAGCACAUAGCUAAUUAUGACAGUGAUGUUCUGUACUAUUGAUCUGUUGCUGGUCAUGAAUGCAUG